ACUGACUGCAGGCAUUAUUUUUGUUCUGGACCUUGAAGUCCAGUCCUUACCCCUCGUCCUAACUACCUCUUCCUUUGCUGGCUUCACUGCUGCUGUAUUUUUGUGCUAUUCAUCCACUUGGGAGCUCUUCCAUUUGCUGCCAUUCGUUUGGGUCCUGACAUCCUCCUGUUUAUCUACACUGAUAGAAGUGUGGUGAAGCCCAGAAUUCGAAGGCACCAUGAUGUCUCUACCGUUCUACCAAAGACACCACGAGCACUACGACCGUGCGUACCGGCACAAAGCGCUGUCCUCCACGGUGAGCCAGUACCAGAAGGAGACCAAGAGCAGAUCUGCUCUCUAUGCCCAGGGAUCUGCAGCUUACGCCAGGGGCUCCUCAGCCUACCGCCACUCGUCUGCAGGCUUCAGCCUUGACUCCUCGGCAGCCUACAGCCACGGCUCCUCAGCCUACGACCUCGAGUCGGCGGCCUACAGCCACGGCUCCUCAGCCUACGGCCUCGAGUCGGCGGCCUACAGCCACGGCUCCUCAGCCUACGGCCUCAAGUCGGCAGCCUACAGCCACGGCUCCGCGGCCUACGGCCUCGAGUCGGCAGCCUACAGCCACGGCUCCGCGGCCUACGGCCUCGAGUCGGCAGCCUACAGCCACGGCUCCGCGGCCUACGGCCACUCUGCCGCGCACAGCAAGAGAUCUGCUGCCUACAGCCUCGACUCUGAGGCCCUCAGCACCAGCUCAGCUGCCUACAGCCAUGCCUCUGAAUCCAUCAACAAGCUGGCUGCAGCCUACAGGCUGGGAUCUGAAGCCUACAGCCUGGGACUGAAAAAUUCCAACUUAAUGAUAGAAGAUCAAUCCUACAAGAUGAGUCCCAAAGCAAAGAGAGCAAAACAGAGUUUGAUAUCAGAGGACAAAGAGAAUGAAGCCUUAGACUACUCAGUGCCCAUAUUCACAGGACGAGAAGUGAAUCUCAGUGGUAUCACAGACACUGAAGAAGAGAGAAUUAAAGAAAGUGCUGCAUAUGUUGCCAAGAGGAACCUUUUUGCCACGGGGGAAGGAGUUAGUGUCAAAAAAGUGGCCAAGACAACUUCUGAAGAGGAGCAUCAUGAAAAAAAAUCCAGGAAAGUGGCAAUCCGGGAGUCUGCUGAACGUGUAGCCAUGAAGAAAACGCUAGAAGAGACUCAAGCAUUCCAUAAAAAGUUGAAUCAAGAUAAACUGUUGCAUGCUCCUGAGUUUAUUAUUGAGCCUCGUUCCCACACUAUCUGGGAAAAGGAAAAUGUUAGAUUUAAUUGUUCCGUGGCUGGCUGGCCUGAACCCCGUGUUACAUGGUACAAGAAUAAUGUGCCCAUUGAUGUACAGGCUCACCCUGGCAAGUAUAUCAUUCAGAGUCGAUAUGGGCUGCACUCCCUGGAGAUUACUGAAUGUGAAUUUGAUGACACUGCCCAGUAUCAUGCCUCUGCUAUGAACGUUAAAGGAGAAGUUUCAGUUUAUGCUUCCCUCGUGGUAAAGAGGUACAAAGGAGAAAUUGACGCAAGUCUUUUGCAUGCUAGAAAUCUUUCCCUCUCUCCAUUUGCUGUUACCCCUCAUGGCUAUGCUUCCAGGUUUGAAAUCAGCUUUGUUGACAAGUUUGAUGUAGCCUUUGGGAGAGAAGGCGAGACAAUGAGUCUGGGCUGCACAGUUGUCAUCAAUCCCGAUAUCAAGCGCUUCAAACCAGACAUUGAGUGGUACAGAAAUGGUGUUCUUAUUACACCAUCCAAAUGGGUCCAGAUGCAGUGGAGUGGGGAGCGAGCUUCUUUAACCCUGACUCAUGCAAACAAGGAAGAUGAAGGUCUUUACACGCUUCGAGUGGCGAUGGGAGAGUACUAUGAAGAGUACAGUGGUUAUGUCUUUGUUCGAGAUGCUGAUGCUGAAAUCCCUGGAGCCCCUGGUGCACCACUGGAUGUGCAGUGCUUAGAUGCCAACAAAGAUUAUGUCAUUGUCUCCUGGAAGCAACCUGCUGUUGAUGGAGGAAACCCCAUCCUUGGAUAUUUCAUUGACAGGUGCGAGGUUGGCACCUCCCACUGGACCCAGUGCAAUGAGAAUCCCGUGAAGUUUGCUCGUUUUCCUGUCACUGGUCUGAUUGAAGGCCGUUCCUAUAUCUUCCGAGUCCGAGCAGUGAACAAAGCUGGAGUCAGCCUGCCAUCCCGGGUAUCAGAGCCUGUGGCUGCUCUGGAUCCUGCAGACAGAGCCAGGCUUAGAAGUCACCCUUCUGCUCCUUGGACUGGACAGAUUAUUGUGACUGAGGAAGAACCUGCAGAGGGUGUUGUUCCUGGUCCCCCCACAGACCUCCAGGUUAUUGAGGCCACCAAGAACUAUGUUGUGCUUAGCUGGAAACCUCCUGGACAGCGGGGCCAUGAGGGUAUCAUGUACUUUGUGGAAAAGUGUGUUGCUGGCACAGAGGAAUGGCAAAGGGUGAACACUGAGAUCCCUGUGAAGUCCCCUCGCUUUGCAGUUUUUGAUUUGUCUGAAGGCAAAUCCUACUGUUUCCGCGUUCGCUGCUGCAACUCGGCCGGGAUCGGUGAGCCCUCGGAGGCAACUGGGGCCACCGUGGUGGAUGACAAACUCGAUAUUCCCAAAGCUCCUGGCCGUAUUAUGCCAACUAGGAAUACAGAUACUUCAGUUGUUGUCACUUGGACAGAGCCCCCAGAUGCCAAGGAGCUGGUUGGGUACUACAUUGAGUCAAGUGUGGAAGGAUCUGGUCGUUGGGAACCAUGCAACAACAAUCCAGUGAAAGGCACAAGAUUCAUUUGCCAUGGGCUCAGCAAUGGUGAGAAGUACAUUUUCAGAGUCAGAGCUGUGAAUGCAGCAGGACUCAGUGAAUUUUCACAGGAAUCAGAGCCUAUAGAGGUGAAAGCAGCCAUUGGGGGAGGAUUGCUUCCUGGUGUGUGUCCUGAACUGAGUGGUAAAGCUGCUGGACUAACAGCCCACACUACCAGCUGGGAAGGCAUGCAUGAGGCCUCCCAGCCUGUCUUUGACACUGAUGCUUUGCUAAAAUGCAAUGCUAAAUUUAAUAGAGAGACACUUCCCAGUAGCUGUGGCAAACUGGGGAGUACAGGAGACAGUAACACGAGAGAAAUGGUUAAGGACGCUGUCACAUCUGCACCACAAAAAGUUGCUGCUAAGCAGGCAAGUAAGUCUCGACCCAAGGAUCUUUUGACAGUGGAAAAAGUUACAAAGAAUAAAGAUACAGCUGCUCCAUCCCCACCCUACGACAUCGUGGUGCUCGAGAGCGUUCGUGACUCCAUGGUUCUGGGCUGGAAACAACCUGAAGCCAUCGGUGGAACUGAAAUUACUGGCUACUACGUGAACUACAGGGAAGUGAUUGAUGGAGUUCCUGGGAAAUGGAAGGAGGCCAACAUCAAGGCUGUCACUGAGAGGGCAUACAGGAUCCAAAACCUGAAGGAAAACAUGGUGUACCAGUUCCAGGUGGCUGCUGCUAACCUGGCAGGGGUUGGGGCACCCUCCAAACCCAGCAAGCCCUUCAAGUGUGAAGAGUGGACCAUUGCUGUGCCUGGGCCACCUCAUGAUGUCAAAUGCACAGAAGUUAGGAAGGACUCUCUGGUGUUACUGUGGAAGGAACCAGUUUAUUCUGGUCGUAGUCCCAUAGUUGGUUAUUAUGUUGAUAUGAAGGAAACUGAAGCAAAGGAGGAACACUGGAGAAGUGUCAACGAAAAGCCCCUUCAAAAGAAAUUCCUGAAGAUUGGUGGCCUGACACAAGGUGUGAGCUACGUUUUUCGUGUGCGGGCAACAAACCAGGCUGGCGUUGGGAAGCCAUCAGAUGUGACAGAUGCUGUCCUAGCUGAAACACGACCAGGAACCAAGGAAGUGGUGGUUGAUGUAGAUGACAAUGGAGUAAUUUCCUUGAACUUUGAAUGUGAUCAGAUGUCUCCAGACUCUAAGUUCAUUUGGUCCAAGAAUUAUGAGCCAAUUCAGGACGACCCUCGACUGAACGUCGACACCAAAGGCGGAAAGUCAAAACUUUCCUUUAAGGAUCUUGGAGAAGAUGAUUUGGGAAUUUACUCUUGUAUUGUUACAGACACUGAUGGAGUUUCAUCAAGCUACACAAUUGAUGAGGAAGAAAUGAAACGCCUGCUUGCUCUGAGCCACGAGCGCCAGUUCCCAACUGUCCCACUUAUCUCUGAGUUGGCAGUGGAAAUCUUGGAAAAAGGAGAAGUGAGAUUCUGGCUGCAAGCUGAAAAACUGUCCGGCAAUGCAAAGGCCAACUUUGUGUUUAAUGAUAAGGAGAUUUUCAAUGGAGAGAAAUAUAAAAUGAAGGUGGACAAGAAUACUGGCCUUGUUGAAAUGAUUAUGGAUAAACUGGAGGAAAAGGAUGAGGGCACUUACACGUUCCAGCUGCAGGAUGGAAAAGCAACCAAUCAAUCAAGUCUUGUCCUCAUUGGUGAUGUAUUCAAGAAGCUACGGGAUGAAGCAGAUUUCCAGAGAAAAGAGUGGCACAGGAAACAAGGUCCUCAUUUUGUGGAUAAACUGGGAUGGGAAGUCACCGAUGAGUGUAAUGUGCUGUUGAAAUGUAAGGUGGCUAAUAUUAAGAAGGAAACACACAUUGUGUGGUACAAAGAUGACAGGGAGAUUAUGGUAGAUGAAGAGCAUGACUUUAAGGAUGGCGUAUGUACUCUGCUGAUAUCAGAGUUUUCUAAGAAAGAUGCUGGCACUUAUGAAGUCAUACUGAAGGACGACAGAGGAAAGGACACCAGUGAGCUAAAGCUCAAGGACACAGCUUUUGCAGAUCUGAUGAAUGAAGUAUGCAGAAAGAUUGCUUUAUCUGCAACAGACCUGAAAAUCCAGAGCACAGCUGAGGGUAUCAGGCUGUACUCCUAUGUUACUUAUUAUGUGGAAGAUUUGAGAGUAGGCUGGGUGCACAAUGACACCCAGAUUAAGUUCACAGACCGAAUGAGGACUGGUGUGACCGGGGAGCAGAUCUGGCUGCAGAUCAAUGAGCCAACUCCACAGGACAAGGGCAGGUACACCAUGGAGCUCUUUGAUGGCAGCACAACUCACAAAAAGGCUGUGGAUCUUUCUGGGCAAGCAUUUGAUGAAGCCUUUGCUGAGUUCCAGAGACUAAAGCAAGCUGCAAUUGCAGAGAAAAAUCGUGCACGGGUACUUGGAGGUUUGCCCGAUGUUGUCACCAUCCAGGAGGGCAAGGCACUUAAUCUUUCUUGCACUGUCUGGGGAGAUCCCACCCCAGAGGUCUCAUGGCUGAAGAAUGAAAAAUCAUUUGUAUCAGAUGCCAAUUGCAUCCUGAAGUUUGAAUCUGGAAAAAAUGUCAGCUUUUCCAUUUCUACUGUGUCCACACACGACUCUGGGAAAUACAGCAUUGUGGUGAAGAACAAGUACGGUACAGAGACCAGCGACGUCACUGUGCUUGUGAUGCCUGUGUCAGGGCAGACUGACACAGUCCAAGGACACGAUCAAAGUAACAAAACUGCAUCUAAAAAGAAAAAAGCAAUGACAACAAGCAAACAGAAGGAAGAGGGAAAGAAAGAUUUUAUUAAGCCACACAUAGAAGAAAUUACUGCUACAGAAGAGACACCUGAUCCAAAUGAAAUACCCCCUGUGGAAAUAGAAAAGGAUACAAAAAGCAACCAGCAAGCAGCAAAGAAGACUUCUGGAAAAGCAGGAGUAGCAGAAAAGGUUCCUCAACCCACGGAAAGCUUGGAUAGGCAGGCAAAGAAACCACCAGAAAAAGCUGCCUUGAGUAAAUCCCACUGAGCUUCAAUGAAGAAUGUGAUCCUGUCACAAACAGGAUAAUAAGUCCAACUUGAGAUUUCAUGUGUGGUAUCUUAACCAUAAUAUUUUAACACUGGAUUUUAUUAACAGGAGUUUUUUUGUAACAUUUGUAGUAUUUCCUAACUUUAAAUUUAAAUGCACAGUAGAUGGGCACUUAUGUCUCAGUACCAGAUAACUGCACUGCAAGAAUUUCUAAGUAUCUGAAUAAUGAUACAUGUACUGUCAAUAUGAAUUUAAUUACCAAAAAAUGUCCAUUAUAAGCAGAGUUCAUUGGAGCAAAUCCUGCCCAGAACUGACAUAUUUACUACAGUGUAAAUGAAUAUUGGUAUCAUUGCACGGAUGUGUUUAUCAAUAUUUAUAGGCCAUCACAGCUUGAGGCAGAUGCUGCUGGCUUUUUCAAGAAAUUAUAUAUACAGCCCUCUUCAUGCCAUGUGGACUUUUCCCCAUGACCAGUUUCGCAACAGUGGAAGAUCUCCAAAACAGAUUUCCAAUGGAUGCGGGGGGUGGGGGGUCAUAAGUAGUUUUCUUUCAAUCCAAGUUUCUCUCAUUCAAACCUGCUCCAUCAGGUGGAUCAGGACCACAUCUGGCCAUUUCUUAUCACCAAGACUCACAUGACUGCUUUCCAGUACUCUCCACUUCAUUAACUCCCUCAAAGCCUUCAUGAUUUACUGUGGAUAUAGCAUUAACCCAUGAAGUAUCAGCUGCCCCACGUGCUCAUUUUCCUCCACAAUUUUUGCCACAGUACUCAGAUUUCUGAUAAAGCCACUGCUCUUCUUCCUCAGAGGCUUAGCCCAAGGCUAUCCCUUCUUCCACUCACUAUCAUCAUAUCCACUGGUUUAUUAUUCAUGGCCAUGUAAGUAAGGAAUAAAUGCAUGGCAAGAAUCUCUGCAUUAAAUCAUUGCUGUGCUCAUUCACAUUCAUUACUGUGUUCAUUCACAUGUUUAUGUACUGAAGAUAUAAGAAAAAUAUGACUCAUUUGCAAAUGCUUAGAUAACAUGGAAGAAGCAGAGUUCAAACUGAAAAACAAACCAAUAAAAAUAAAGGUCAGAAUUCAUUUUGUUGCUAUGUGAGCUGAGUUCAACUUUAAAGUGACCAGAAGCUAUAAAACAUAAGAAAUUAAAAUAAGAUAUUUUAAUUACUAGGAAAAUAUUCCUAUUGUUUUCAACUCUAAGAAGGCUCGAUCAUAUUGUAUUGUCUUUUUCCAGAUGGAUUAUUGAUGAAAAGUCACUGAAUUCCACUGUAUUUCUAGGUGCUGGAUCUAUGAUUAAUGUAGAAAUACUGAAAACAUAAGAAAUACCAGUUUCUACUCCAUCCUUAUAGAACUGUUAGCAUAAGAAAGCAAAGACUCUCAAUAGCAUGUAAAUGCAUAGAAGUCAAAAUGAUGAUAUCCUAGAUGAGAAGAAAUUAAUUUCCUUCUAGUACAAUUCCAAUAGGAUUCUAUUCAACUCUUUUUAAAACCAACAGAAAUUUUCUGACUGGAUGAAAUACUGGAUAGAACACUUAUAUGUAGGCAAGUAGAGUAAUAAUGUUUCUGUAAACAAUGUAAAGGGUUUAAAUAACUUGGAUGGUCCAUAGUGACAGAGUGACAGAAGGAUGUAGGAUGCAACAGAGGAAAAACUGUAGAAAGCAAAAUACUGACUUCUACACAAAAUGGUAUAGGGAGAAACUUAAAUGCAGGCUGAACUACAACUAAAACAAUCUAACUACACUUAGGUACUGUUAGACAUUGAGCUCAACCCAGUCCUCCAUCACAUCUUUUUCUAAAUCUAUGUAUUACAGCCCAGCAGCCAAGGACAUAAGCACAGGUCCCACAGAGAAAUGCAGCAAGGCCACCCCAAUUCAUGUAGUUUCUCAUACAAUUAUUACAGAAAAUGACAAAUACCUAGAGAUGUGCAAUUCUAUCACUCUGCCAGAGUUACAGAGAGUGGCCCCUCAAAAGCAGCAGGUUGUUUCACACACCUCUCCCUUGCCAUGGCAAUUAUUUCAAGCUGCCUUACAUCUGUAAAGAUGCAUCACCUCUCCCAGCUCCUUCGGGUGGGAGCCUGCCUGCCACAAACACCACUGGCACUGAGUAAGUUAUUUAUAGAACAGACUGUACCACUGAGAGCCUGAUCCAAUUCCUGCAAAACGCCACGGGGGUCUUUUCAUUAGCUUUAAUAGAAAUCAAGCUAGAUCUCAGAAGAAUGUUCUAAAAAUGUCCCAAAUCUCAGAUUGCAAAGCCCAUUUUUCUCACCCUGAAGCCAAUAGCAGAUCUCUCUUUUGUGUCAUUGUAGCAGAAUCAGGUCUUAGAUUUUUUGCUGCAAGAAAAAUCACUGUUUUCCUGGUAUUUCAAUUAAAACCUACUGGAAAUAGCUUUAAAAUUUUAAACUUAAAUGCACUAGGGUUUGGGGACUUUUUUGUUAAAUUUGGAUGGUUCCUCAUAAAGCUGGAAAUGGAGUCAAAUCAGUCUACAGGAAUACAUUUUCUAUCCAGAAGAAUAGUGUAGUUAUGCACAGUAAUGAGUUAAACAUAUCAAAGAUUACCCUCCCUUUUUCAUUUUUAUUAUUUAAGCUGUAGUGUUUCACAGAUAUAUUAACAAAACAUUCAAAAUGAAUAUGAACAGAACUGUUGAGUAUACUAAAGCUUAUAUUUUACUCUGGUUGAAUAAUUUCUUUCUUGCAUUUUAAAUAUAUUAAUUAUAUUCUAUUCUCCAUUAUAAGUAUGAAAAAUUGUUUCAGUCUGUCUGCAUUACAUAAUGAUAGAAUGCAAAUUAUUUCUGUAGCAACAGGAUCUCCUAUCAAACACAAUCAUUUAACUCAUUUAAACUAAGGCACUGGAUGCAAUGUUUAUCUGAAGUGCAUUUCUCUUUAUUUUCUAAUUUCUCACCUACAUAUUUCCUCUCAGCACAAAUUACUCUUUAUAUUUAUAUUUAUAAUUCUUCUAGAAAUUAAUUUUCUCCCAUUAUAAUAACUGUACUUAACAACAAGGGAAGGUGUUGCAAUAAGUUAUAUUAUCCAGUCACCUUCUAAUACCACAAAGGAUGAUUUUUGAAGAUGAAAAAGGAUGAGAAAAAUAGGCUUUGACUUCCACUGCAGUACAGGCACUGUGAUACCAGCUGUCCUUGAAUUCUUCUGGAUUUCUUAGCCAAUGAUUAAGGAAGAUCUGUCUGAGCUCUGAGACUGACAGACAUAAUUUGGUAAUACAUUAAGCCAUAAUCUUUGAAGCAGCUAGUUGCAAACUGAGAUCAUCCUUAAACUAGCAUAGAGUGCAUUUCUGCUCUUUGCUUUUGAAUAGCAACUAUAAGGUAAAUGCAUAAAAGACAUCCCAUUUAAUCUGAUUUAUACAGGGCAGAC